AUGCCAUUCGAAAACCUCCGUAUUGUCAUUCGUGUAUACCUCGAACCGCCCUUUGAGGCCUUCAUCUACACCCCUAAGCGUACCAUCGCAGCGUGGACUGAACGUCUCCCCUUCUGGCUCAAUAAGAAUAUGGCCAUUGACAUCACUUUGUCUUUAUUUCUUGGAUAUCUCUCUGGAGUAAUCUCGAAAGAGAACUCCAUUGGGACGCCAUUAUUCAAUACGAUUUGUCAAUGGCUUUUUGAGUUGGGAACGUAA